AUGCGUCAAUUGUUUGACAGGAUUCAGAACGACUGGAAGCUCGAGUUCACAAAAAAAGAGUUUGAAAUUUUGGGAAAUUAUGCCGAAGACGGCCGAAAACUUACUAAAUUUUACGCAACUUAUAUGUAUAUCACGACGUUAAUAUAUUUUUGCAUGCCAAUUUUGCCGAAAAUACUGGAUAUAUUAGCACCAUUAAACGCCUCAAGACCGGAGUUGUAUUUACUUGAAGCCGAAUAUUUUAUUGAUCAACACAAGUAUUACUUUCCAGUUUUGAUCCACGCAUACAUUACCUGUACAAUCGCUGUCUCCAUAUUGAUUGCAUUCGACUCGGAGUAUGUCGUUCAAGUUUUGCAUGGCUGUGGAAUUUUUGCAGUGUUAAGAUAUAGAUUGGAGCAUAUGGUAAUAAGAGAUGACGAAGCUAACCUCAAGAAUGAUAAACAGAUAAAAGCAACGACCUACAAAAUGGUGGUGGAUUGCGCAAUUCUUCACAGAAGAGCACUUGACUUCGCUGAUCUUUUAGAGUCUUCGCGUGUAACAUACUUUUUCUUUGUCCUCUUCGUGAACAUGGCAGCGAUCAGCAUUACCGGCGUCCAGACGGUUUUAAAACUGGACCAACCUACUGAAGCGGUCAGAUUCGGAGUCUUCACUUUGUCACAAGUGACCCAUAUUUUUUUCAAUAGUUAUCCCGCUCAAUUGCUGUAUGACAGCAGCUGGCAAAUGAGUGAUGCUAUCUUUGCUGGAAAUUGGUACCGUGCUGGAAAAAAUUCAAAAAACUUACUACACAUGAUGAUAAUAAGAAGUAAUAAGCCUUGCAAAUUAACCGGUGGAAAAAUUUAUCUAUUGUCAUUGGAAAAUUUUUCUGCUGUUGUAAAAACUUCAAUGUCAUAUUUCACAGUUCUGUUGUCUUUUAAUUAA